UCCAACUCGCAGUGCCCCUGGGAGGCGGUGCUCGCGACCCUUCCCAGUCCGGGGGCUUCCCCUUCAGUCGUCGCCAUGGCGGGGGGAACUCUCCAGGUCUCCUGGCUUCUCCCGCUCGUCCUGUCCGCCUUCGUCCAGCCCAUUCGGGGCCAGGAAAAAAUGAAGACGGACUGCUACCAAGGGAUUACGGGUAGCGUCUAUGAUUAUGGCGCCCUCACCAUUGAUACUGAUGAAUACAUCCCUUUCAAGCAAUAUGCAGGCAAAUAUGUCCUCUUCGUAAACGUUGCCACCUACUGAGGCCUGACGGUCCAGUACCUUGAAUUGAAUGCACUACAGGAGGAUUUGAAGUCGCAGAACCUUGUUAUCCUGGGAUUCCCAUGCAACCAAUUUGGAAAACAAGAACCAGGACAAAAUUCAGAAAUCCUCCCUGCCCUCAAGCAUGUACGCCCAGGUGGGGGCUUCGUGCCCAAUUUCCAGCUAUUUGAGAAAGGGGAUGUGAAUGGAGAGAAAGAACAGAAGGUUUAUACUUUCCUGAAGAAUUCAUGCCCACCUCCCUCUGAAGUCAUAGGCCAACCCAGCCGCCUCUUCUGGGAACCUAUGAAGGUCCAUGACAUCCGCUGGAAUUUUGAGAAGUUCCUGGUGGGGCCAGACGGUGUCCCCAUCAUGCGCUGGUACCACCGGGCCCCAGUCAGCCUAGUCAAGUCAGACAUCGUAGACUAUCUGCAGAAACACGGCAGCCUCAACAGGACUGCUGAAGAAUAGCACAAGUGACUGCUGUCCUCGGGGAGUAGAAAAGGGACACUGUUCAGGGAAGGGAUUACCCCAGCCCCCAGCUCUCAGCAGACUACCUUGUCUGCCUGCGACCCUGCUCCACAAGAUGCUGCUCUUCAGAGAAUGUGUGUGGGUGCAUGGGCAGGCAUCAGAAUGCCUACACACACAGGUGUAUUUUCAGGGGUUGUAUGCCUAGGUGUACAUGAGAUCAGGGACAGGUGCAGACACCCACCUCAAUACCCUAGAUCCUUGCUCUAUUGAAUACUCAACUCACUAUUCCAAUAUUAAUGUUUUCCCAUCCUAACUUACAGAAGAAAAUAAGCUUUUAAGUCAGGUUACUGAACCUGAGAACCCUGGUUCUGGAGUUUCCCACAACUCCCCAAUGAGCCCAUUUGCCUUAGCUCAUCUGAAGUAAAAGACCUUGGAAACUCAGUGACCCAAUGAAAAUAAAUCAGGCCCUCCCUCCCUCCCUCAGUCCAAUACAAAUGAGUAAGGUCUCUCUCUUCUGUGAACAGCCCUUUUCAAUCCCCUUUGCCCCAUCCUAUAGAGUUACCCCCUGGUAAGAUGUCAAAAGGGCUCUUGUGUGAAAGAAGAGGGAGAGUGUUCUACACAUAGGGGAUUGCUUCUCCAUGAUGAUGGGAUCCAAAGUCUCUGAAGGGCGGAUCCCAUCAGAGCCUGCAAAAGGGGUCAUGAUCCUUAGUGCAUUCAGCUCAUGGCACCUAAGCAGGGAUGCCAUCCUCCUAUAGGGGGAUACUUACCCUCUCCUCUCACUUUAGGCCCCUCACCCCAACAUUAGAGUCAUACCCACUGGUGACAAAUAAAAACCUUUCUGUAGCA